AUGGACCACAUUAUGAUGGUUGAACCCAAAAGCUUUGAGGCCAUUGCGGUCUCGUUUGCCAGUGGCUGUCUCCUACACAUUCUCUUCUACCGUAAGGGAGAAUGGGACUUGCUUGCACUUCGCAUCUUUCAGGCCUAUGCUACAUUACCCAUUAUUGUGAUUGGGUUGCUGCGCUUGGCUGAAUUCAAGGGAUGGCAACAUGACACCAAUCUUUCAGCUGUAUCCGUUCUUUUGCUCGAAGGUGCUCACAUACUCGGGCUUUUGACCAGCAUCCUCUGUUAUCGCAUGAUCUUCCAUCCCUUGAACAAGUUCCCUGGGCCACUCCGCGCUCGAAUCUCAAACUUCUAUCCGACCUACCUCACUACCAAGAAUGCGCACCUCUAUGAAGAGGUUGAGCAGCUCCAUCAGAAAUAUGGUGAUUUUGUCAGAUUAGGACCAACACAACUUUCCAUUAUCCAUCCAAAGGCGAUCGAUGCGAUCUACUCUGCCAAAUCCCCAUGCACCAAAGGCCCAUUCUACAAUAUUCUCCACCCUCGUGUCUCGUUACACAUGAUUCGCGAUCACAAAGAGCACAGCAACAGACGAAAGAUUUGGGACAGAGCCCUGAGCUCCAAAUCACUACGGGACUACGAGCCUCGCGUCACGAAAUAUACUACACAAUUACUCGAUCGUCUCAAUGAGAUGCAAGGCACGACUAUCAACGCCUCAAACUGGUUGAACUUUUACAGCUUCGACGUUAUGGGUGAUCUUGCAUUUGGCAAGUCCUUCAACAUGUUACGUGACGGUGUGAAUCAUUAUUUCCUGUCGUCACUACACGACUCAAUGAAGAUGGUUGGGGCUCUCGCGCAUAUUUCAUGGAUUAUCCCCAUCCUGAAGCUCAUCCCCGCAGUUAGUGCUGAGGAUCGAAAGUUCUGGGCGUGGAUUGAGAGUCAGGUUGAGGAACGAUCAAGGAUGAAGCCUGAUAACCCCGAUGUCUUCGCUUGGAUCCUCGAUGAAUACGAGCGCAGUCCAAAGACACACCAAGCAAAGCUUAAUGUUGAGGCCGAAGCUUAUUUGAUCGCAGUUGCUGGAAGCGACACGACCUCUGCGACAUUGACUGGUCUUCUCUUCGAGCUGGCGACUAAUCCCUCUCAGAUCAUCAAGCUGAGAGAGGAGAUUGACAUGUACUUCAGCGAUAGAGAACACGCAGACCAUACAUCACUCUCUAAUCUCACCCAUUUGAAUGCCGUCAUCGAUGAGUCGCUUCGUUUGCAUCCGCCUGUCCCUUCAGGUUUGCAGAGAGUCACUCCUCCGCAGGGACUGAUGGUGGGGGACACUUUCAUACCAGGCAAUACAAUUGUCCAGGUUCCCAUGCAUACAGUCCAGCGAGAUGAACGCUAUUUCGUGAGACCAUCGGAGUAUAUCCCUGAGCGUUGGACUACAUCUCCCGAGUUGGUCAAAGACAAGACGGUCUAUGCACCUUUCUCAAUUGGGCGAUAUUCCUGCGUUGGGAAGCAGCUUGGUUUGAUGGAGGUGAGAUAUGUUAUAGCACAUAUUGUACGGGCGUUCGAUGUGAGGCUUGGUGAGGGCCAGACACAAGAGGGUUUCUUGAAGUCCAAGAUGGAUACGUUUACAUUGGCAACCCCAAACCUUCACCUUGUCUUUACACCUCGUCUUACCAAGUAA